UAUGCGUAAACUUGCAUAUGUCUACCUUAUAAUUUAACAAAAAACUGAAAUAUUGACAUGAACAUUUUUUCGUUUGAAACAUUACUUUUAAUUUUCAAAUGGCAGAUUCAUUUUUCGGGUUUGAUACCUCUUUGAGUCGUGAUGAAGAAUGUCCCGGUGAUCUAGAAGAUUUAGAUCAUGAUGAACAAGAGUAUGAUGCUUUAAAUGAUGAGACAUUUGGUGAUGAUAAUGAAACUAGUGCAGGUCCGUUGGAUGAUUGGGAAGCACAACAUGAACAAUUGGCCGAAAUAGCAGAAAGUUCGAAAAAAAAUCACACUCUAGAAGAAUCCUUAAAUAAAUUAGUUGAUGAUGACUUAAUAAAUGCAUCGUCGAAUCAAAAUAAUGUGGAUAUUUGGGCAAAUAUUGUAAAACCUCCAGAUGUGACGCAAACAUCCACACCACAUACAAGUUCUCGAAAUAAAGACUUGUCCAAUAGUGCGUCUAUGUUAAUCAAAUCUCUACCCGAAAAUCAUAUAAAUUCGGUUUUCAAUCAACAGAAAAAUGGAGGUUUAACAAAUGGACUGACUUUGCCAAAAAACGUUUGUACAGUUGAAGAAUUAGAACGAGGUUUGCUGACAAAUCGUAAUAAUGAAGUACCACCAAAGCCAUCAUUUCUGCCUAAUUUCAUGCCGCCUAAUCAUCAAAUGCAACCCCCACCGCGAUUUCCACCUGGAUUAAAUUCAAUGUUAUUAAAUCCACCGUAUAUGCCGCCGCCUGGUUUAGGAGCACAACAUUCGCCAAAUAUAUUUCGUUUUGUAACUCCACAUCCAUUAUUAAUGCAACAUGGAGUAUCAUCUUCCGCACACAAUAUGUCAACCGGUGUUCCAAGACCUAGUAUUAAUAUUCGACCAAAUAUGGGAGGAAUACAUCAAAAAAAUACUCUUCUUCCAAAUAGAAAUUUUCCUUUACCGAAUACAAAUUUUAAAAAUUUUCGACCGGAUUUUCACACACAAAGUUUUCAACCAUACAAUCAUAUACGACCACCAUUUCAUCAAGAAAACAAUGCUGCAUUCCUUCAACAAAAUGCAGGCCAUCAACAAGGUCAGCGUCCUGGUGGUUUGAAUGCAAAUAACCGUAACAAUAAUUAUCCGCAACAUAAUAAUCCACAUCAACAACAAAUGCAACAGCAACAGAAUCAAAGAGGGGAACCAGAGAAUAAAGAUGAAUAUGCUGGUUUGAUGACAAAUCGUGAAAAACAAUGGUUGAUUAAUAUACAGCUAUUGCAAUUAAAUACGGGCACACCUUAUUUUGAUGAUUUCUAUUACACUGUAUUUGUGGAUCGUCAAAAUAAAUUAGAAAAAGAAAACAGACCUACAACAAAACAAGAUCAACAUUCGAAAAAUAAUCGUUAUCAAAAUCAUAAUCGACAUCAAAACCAUCGAAAAGAUGAUUAUAAUAAAGAUGAUCGAAACCAUCGAGAUCGAGAUAAUAAUCCGACUCAAAUACACAGAACAUACACGCCGCUGCAGUUUGAAAAUUCAUUAGGAAAAUUACAAUGUGGCUCGGUGACAGCACCUAGAAAAAUAAUCGAUAUGGAUGUAGUAUCACACGAUAAAGAAACAGAAUCAAAUCAAUUAUCUUUAAGCAUGCAACGUGAUGUACGAAAAACCAAACAAACAUUACUAGAAUUGGAAACAUUAUUUGGCCUUGUGCUACGAUUAGAAGAUUUAAAUAAUCCAUUAGCCAUUGCCAAUACAUUAAAGCUAAGAGAAAUCAAAGAGAAACAAAAGAUACAACAAUUAGAGACAGCUACCGUUGAAGAGAAGGAGGAAAUUUUAAAACAAUUACAAGACGAUUCAUUAGUUAAAAAUGAUAAUAAAGAAGAUUUAUUAAAUAAAAUAUUUAAUGGUGUUUUAAAUGAUGAUAAAUUUAGUGGUUAUGUUGGUGUUAGAAAAGGAAAGGUAUUGUUAUUACGACUUUUGCCGCAUUUAUGCAAGAAUUACGCUGAUAAGUAUUUAGAAAUAUGGAUGAAAUUACUGGCAUCAAUUCCAGUUGCUGGUAAAAAAGAUCAACUUACAGAUAAUAUUCUUCCCCAAUUUUUUCAUUUUUUUGAUAGGUUCGUAGAUCAAUUAAAUAUGGACAGUAUAUUAAAAUUAACAUCAGUUUUAACUGAUAUAAUAAAAGAAGAAAAUGCUCGUCUUAUAUCGCCCGAAAAAAGUUCACUUGGUUUAGUACUGUGUAAUAAGUUUGGUAUAUCAUGUAUUACAAAGUUAAUAGAACGUAGCGAAACAUUAUUUGCCACAUUACAAGUAAACGAAGCAAUGGAACAGUAUCAUCAAUGGUAUCAUUUUUUAUCAUUAAUAUCAAAGGUCAUCCAAAGUGUUGAACUCAAAAUGGAUAUGCCAAUGCAACCAUUAGAGAAUUGUGUUAUGGAAACACAUUUAAAACGUUCACGAAUUAUUGCACCAGAUCAAUAUUCUAUAUUUUUAAACGUGUUUUGUAUUAAACAUACUGCUUAGAAAUAACAACAUUCAAAAACAGCCCCACAACAGAAUGGUUUUGAUACCAUUUUUUUUUUUUUUUGUAUAUUUAGAUUUGUCCUUUAUUUUUUUGAUCCUUUUUUGUUUUGUU